UUGUGUGGUAUAAUAAAUUAAGGAAUAUGGACGUUGAUGUAUCUUCAUCUGCCAAGGUAACAACAGGUCAAACAGUGCCCCGCAUGGAACAACCAUUCAGUACCGCAAGAGAGGGAGACAAAACAUCUUUAGGGGCUGCAGCAACUCAGGAACUACAGCUCCAUGCAAAUGCCAAUCAGAAGGCUGGUGACCCAAGAGUACGCGAUGUAAUAUCAUUUAAUAAAGCUCCUACUCCCAUUGCUCUUGGUAAUUCCCCAGUAGAUCAUAGGCGUACACGUUACGUAUUUCUUCUCGAUGAUAGUCGAGGCACGUCAACAGUCAAAGAAUCCCCAAGUGGGAGAUCUGGUGGCAACUUGGAUUUGAUGAUUAAACACGACGAUCGACUGAUGGAGAAAAUGGAAGAAUCGAAUCGUAGAGCAAAUGAAGACCAGGAAGAUUUUUCUGACGGAGGAUCAGAAGGGUCUCUUGAUGACGUCCGUCAGCACCCUGGCAUCAUCAAAGUUGCUAAAUCAGACGAUCACGAGUAUCUUACACUGUAUGAGGCACACUUGUCAAGGCUGGAAGAAGUUGGCAACACAUCAUCAGGUUUGAACGAUCUUGGUACUGUCAUUGUUACUAACCGGCAAAGUGUACAUGUAUUCGAUUUUCUUGCGAUGCAUAUUAUACGCCCGUGAAAAACUUCGUAAGAAAUUGCACAAAUUAGUAAGCUCAAUAGACCUCUUUAGACUACAGGCCUAAAAACUUUGCACUACAUUUGUACAAUUUUGUUAGUUAACUAUUUCACG